CAACAGGUCAGAAUAGCUUUCUCGUGACCUUUAUAUUUGUGAUAUCCUGCCUGGUGGACUGAUUGUUGUUCGCACGUCUCUUCAUACUAUGAGUUUGAAGACGCAUCAGGAAAUGUUCAUUCUAAGCUGGGUUCAGAGAUACUAAAUGAAAGAAAACUUUGUUAAAUGGGACCAAAACCUAAAAGCAGUAUGUCAAGCAAUGACGAUAGAUGUGUCGAACGUGAGGUCUCAUCUAAACAUUGUGAAACCAACCCUGAUAUUGAAGUACAAACAUCAGCACAUUCGUGUGAAAAACCUUUCCAAUGUGGCAGGUGCUUAAAGUGUUUCUCUUACAAGUGUCACAUCAAGCAGCAUAUAAGGACACACACAGGUGAACGACCAUAUCACGAUAGAUGUGUCGAACGUGAGGUCUCAUCUAAACAUUUUGAAAACCACCCUGAUAUGGAAGUACAGACAUCAGCACAUUCUUCUGAGAAACCUUUCCAAUGUGGGAUGUGUUUAAAGUACUUCUCUUACAAGUGUCAUAGUAAGCUGCACAUGAGGACACACACAGGUGAACGGCCAUAUCAGUGUGAGGUAUGCAGAAAGAGUUUUCAAUGGAAAAUAUCAUUGAAACACCAUAUGUUCGUUCACACUGGAGUUAAGAAUUUUAAAUGUGAUGUGUGUGCAAAAUGUCUCUCAAGCAAUCGCAAUUUGAAAAGACAUAUGCUCAUUCACACUGGAGUUAAGCCUUUUAUAUGUGAGGUGUGUGCAAAGCGUUUCACUCAGAAUAAAGACCUGAAAACACAUAUGCUGACUCACACUGGUGUUAAACCUUUCAAAUGUGAGAUCUGUGCAAAAUGUUUCUCUAACACUUCCAAUUUGAAACAGCACACGUUUGUCCACUCCGGGAUUAGGAAUUUUAAAUGUGGGGUUUGUGCAAAGAGUUUCUCUGACAAUAUCCACUUGAGAAGACAUGUGUUGAUCCACACUGGUGUUAAACCGUUCAAGUGUGACGAGUGUGAAAAUUGUUUCUCAAGGAAGUCUAGCUUGAAACAACAUAUGUCGAUUCACACUGGAGUUAAGAAUUUUAAAUGUGAGGUGUGUGCAAAACGAUUCUCCCUGAACUACGAACUGAAACGACAUAUGUCGAUUCACACGGGAGUUAAGAAUUUUAAAUGUGAGUUAUGUGCAAAACGAUUCUCCCUGAACUACGAACUGAAACGACAUAUGUCGAUUCACACUGGUGUUAAGUCUUUCAUAUGUGAGGUGUGUGCAAAGCGAUUUUCUCGGAACACAGACUUGAAACGUCAUAUGUUGGUAUAUUCUCAUGGGUGUUAAUCCGUUUAUAUGUGAGGGGGUGCUUAUAAGAGUUACUUUACUUUAAAUGCUAAUCUUGGAUACUGGAAUCAAGGUAGGCAUCAUAGACAAGUGUCAUGAAUAUUCAUUGGCUUGUUCCACUUGUGAAAACUGGUAUCAAGAUAGUCAUUAUAGAAAAGUGUCAUGAAUAUUCAUUGAUUUGUUUCACUGGUGACGACUGGUAUCAAUGUAGUCGUUAUAGACAAGUGCCAUGAAUAUUCAUUGGCUUGUUUCCCUUGUGAAGACUGGAAUCAAGGUGGUCAUGAUAGAUAAGUGAGCUACAAGAGUCUUAGCCGCUUGUUCUUAGUUACUUCAUUACCAUCUGAAUACAGGUGGUGGAUAAACCGUUUUGCUUUUUUCUUGAAUAAAACUAUUUUGAAAAA